AUGCGCAAGAUGUACUGGUUCGUCAAGCAGAGCGACGAGUUCUUCGCGGGUGCCCACUUGUUCAGCUUCGGCGGGUCGCAGAGCAACGCCAUGCUGGCCUUGGCGCAGCUGGCGAGUGCCAGGCGCGUCCCCUUUACGUACUUCAGUCGAGAGCUGCACCUUGGAGGUGAGGCGGUGGAGGGCAACCUGGUACUGGCCAGGGGUCUGGGCAUGGACCACGUGCAGCUCCCUCCGGACGCAUACCACGAACUGGCCCGGACGCGAGACUUUGCCGAGUUUGUGGAUGGAGACCGGCGCCCUCCGCCGGGUACGAGGAGCCUGUACGUCCCGCAAGGGGCGGCGUUCCCGGAAGCGCAGGAUGGCGUGAAGCUGCUGGCUGAGGAGAUCAACGAGUACGUCCGGACGGAGUGGCCGGACAAGCGUUUCUCGGUUGUGCUGCCCUGCGGCACGGGGACGACGGCGCUGUACCUGGCGCAGCACCUGCACCCGGCUAUCAGGCUGUACGCUGUUCCUUGUGUGGGCGAUGCGGCGUACUUGAGCCAGCAGUUCCAGCAGCUUAUUGGAGAGGAUCCAACCUUGCAAGUGGAGACGGCGCUGCUGCCGCGGGUGAUCACGCCCAAGAGGAAAAGCCGAUUUGGGCGACUGUGGUGGCCGCUGUACGACAUCUACCACGAGGUGCUGCAGGAGACCAAGGUGGACUUCGACCUCGUGUACGGAGCCUUCGCAUGGCACACGUUGUUCUCGGACGACGCGGUACUGGAUGAAGUUCUGGAACGUAGCAAAUCAAGUGCCGCCUCGAUAUCAGACCUGUUAGUACCGGGCAGUAAGUCUACUACAGUUGAUGAUCGCGGCGAGGAGCGCGAGCUGCUCUACAUACACACAGGAGGAACCUCUGGCAAUGCAACGAUGCUGGCCAGGUACGAGCGCAAGAAUAGAGAAGUUCGAGAAGUAUGA